AUGUCAGAAUGCCCAGGUUUAGCAAAGCAUGUUGAAACGUUUAACACGAACAUCGACAUCAACAUCGACAUCAACAUCGACAUCAACAUCGACAUCAACAUCGACAUCAACAUCGACAUCAACAUCGACAUCAACAUCGACAUCGACAUCGACAUCAACACAUCAACAUCAACACAUUAG